AUGUCGUUAAGCCGAUUGCCGCUCGAGUUGAUCCUCAAUAUCGCGCACUUUCUUCGUUGCCAGAGAGACCUCAGCUCUUUCAUGCGCACCACGCGAACCUUUUACAGUCUGGUACACCCUGUUCUAUAUCGGUUCGAUGUUCGAAAGCGCCUCGGCUCGGCGUUGUUAUUUGCAGCCAGCAACGGGUACACCGACUUGGUGAAGAAACUCCUUGCUGCCGGCGCCAGCAUAGAGGCAUGCGACCGGACCGACGUUUACGGCGAAUAUGAAAUGAAGCCGGACGGAACCUGCACCAAGGCAGGCAACCCGAUCCUCGCCGCUGCCCAUCAUGGCCAUCUUGCAACCCUCAAGACCCUUCUCGCCGAAACUCGGCCGCGUCAAUCGUGUACCAAUCCUCAAAUGCGCGUGGUUCUCCAUUGGGCGAUUCGCUCCCAUAAUAUCGAGAUCAUCGAUUUGAUGCUUGCCCGAGGGGCUGCGAUCGGUCUGCCGAAGGGUGAAUAUAUCGUCUUCCUGAAAUCAAACACUGCUCUUGGGGUGGCCAUCACUUCGGGCUGCCCCGACGAGAUCCUGGAGCGGCUUUUGCAGAGGGGCGCCGAGGUUUGGGAGCCUGAGAACCCCUGCCCUUGGUACGAAGCGACGGUGCAGCGUGAGGGGCACAUGCUGCAGCUACUGCUCAAGCAUGGACGCCGGCCCAACUCGGACCGAGUGCUAUGUGAGUUGGCGCUGCGCUGCGACGAUACUAGGGCGCUAGCGCGGAUCACAGACCCCACGACUGGAGGGCUGGAUAUCCGGAUCCAUGGCCAUCCAGCAUUGUUCACCGCGGUCGAAAUGGGGCACUUCGAAAUGGCCAAGUACUUGGUCGCGCAUGGUGCCAAUCCGCAUCUCCAUUGCAGCUACCAGGAAUGGGGUGGGCGGUACAGCACCGUCUGGGCAGCGGUGCAGGCCCGACACAUGGGCCUCUUGCGCUUCCUCGUCACCGAGCAAGGGGUUCGUCCGGACGAGCAGGACAUCCGGGAGGCUGUCCGGGCGGAAUUCGAGGAAGCCGUUACGCUGCUGUCAUCCCGCGGCUGUCAGGAGACGCCGGAAAAGGAGUACAUGACAUCCUACGUUACGGCGUUGAAGGAGAAGAUGAACUUGAAGCCGAGCUUUCACAUCACGACCCACGCGCAUCUCCGGUGUCCGACUAGUAAAGCAGCAUUCCUUGCCCAGGUGCGCGGUAACUACCCAACCUGGCACUAG